CCCCGCGGCGCGGCCGGAGCCAUGGAGCGGGCGGCGGCGGCGGCGGGGCCGGCGGUGGAGGGCGGCGGCGCGAGCCGGCGAGCCGUGCGGGCGGGGGGCGCCGCGGCGGCGGGCGCGGGGUCGCGGCAGCCCAGCACCGAGACCCUGGACAGCCCGACUGGAUCCCACGUGGAAUGGUGUAAACAGCUGAUAGCUGCAACUAUUUCGAGUCAGAUUUCAGGGUCUGUCCCAUCAGAGAGUGUGUCCAGAGACUACAGGGUGUACAGGAGGCCAGUUAUACGGCAGGAGAUUCAGGAUGGACACAAUGGCUAUCAUUCUGAAGCAGAACCUGAUCAGGUGGCACUGCGGGAUGGAAACAAGCUGGCACAGAUGGAAGAGGCUCCACUUUUUCCUGGAGAAUCAAUCAAAGUUAUUGCUAAGGAUGUUAUGUAUAUCUGUCCAUAUAUGGGAGCAGUCAGUGGUACGCUCACAGUGACGGACUUCAGAAUGUUUAUCAAAAGUGUUGAGCGGGAUCCACCUUUUGUUGUUGAUGUUCCCCUUGGAGUUAUAAGUAGGGUUGAAAAAAUUGGAGUACAGAGCCAUGGAGACAAUUCAUGUGGUAUAGAAAUAGUUUGCAAGGAUAUGAGAAAUUUGCGGCUGGCCUAUAAACAGGAAGAGCAGAACAGACUGGAGAUCUUUGAAAACCUUGUAACGCGUGCAUUUCCUGUUUCUAAUGGGCUGCCUCUUUUUGCAUUCAGCUAUAAGGAAAAGUUUGCUGUUAAUGGCUGGAAAGUGUAUGAUCCAAUGGCAGAAUAUAAGAGGCAGGGAUUGCCCAAUGAGAGUUGGAAGAUAUCCAAAAUUAACAGCAGCUACGAGCUCUGUGAUACAUAUCCUGCUGUUCUUGUUGUGCCAACCAGUGUAAAGGAUGAUGACCUUUCAAAAGUGGCAGCAUUUAGAGCAAAAGGGAGAGUUCCUGUGUUAUCCUGGAUUCAUCCUGAGAGCCAAGCAACAAUAACACGGUGCAGCCAGCCAUCAGUUGGCCCAAAUGAUAAGCGUUGCAAGGAAGAUGAAAAAUAUUUGCAGACAAUUAUGGAUGCCAAUGCUCAGUCACAUAAACUUAUCAUCUUUGAUGCCAGGCAGAAUAGUGUUGCAGAUACAAACAAGGCUAAAGGUGGAGGAUAUGAAAGUGAAAGUGCCUACCCAAAUGCAGAGCUGGUCUUUCUGGAGAUUCAUAAUAUCCAUGUCAUGAGAGAAUCCCUGCGGAAACUGAAAGAAAUUGUUUAUCCUACUAUUGAUGAGACUCGGUGGCUCUCAAACGUGGACUCCACACACUGGCUGGAAUAUAUAAGGAUGCUUCUUGCUGGAGCAGUAAGAAUUGCGGAUAAAAUUGAAUCUGGUAAAACCUCUGUAGUGGUGCACUGCAGUGAUGGCUGGGAUCGAACUGCACAGCUCACUGCACUGGCCAUGCUUAUGCUGGACAGCUAUUACAGAACCAUCAAGGGCUUUGAAGUUCUUGUAGAGAAAGAAUGGAUAAGUUUUGGACAUCGCUUUGCAAUGCGAGUGGGUCAUGGAGAUGAUGAUCAUGCAGAUGCUGACAGAUCUCCCAUCUUCCUGCAGUUCAUUGACUGUGUUUGGCAAAUGACAAAGCAGUUUCCUGCAGCCUUUGAAUUCAAUGAGCUAUUUUUGAUCACCAUUCUGGAUCACCUUUAUAGUUGUCUCUUCGGGACUUUCUUAUGCAACUGUGAAAAAGAAAGAUUAAAAGAGGAGGUGAGCACAAAGACUGUAUCUCUGUGGUCCUAUAUAAACAGCCAGUUAGAGGAAUUCACAAAUCCCUUCUAUGUAAACUAUGAAAACCAUGUCCUGUAUCCUGUUGCCAGUCUGAACCAUUUGGAGCUGUGGGUGAAUUACUACAUCAGGUGGAACCCCAGGAUGCGGCCUCAGGUUCCAAUCCACCAGAAUCUCAAAGAACUGCUGGCCAUCCGGACAGAGCUUCAGAAGAAGGUUGAGGAUUUGCAGCGGGAAGCUGCCACACGUUCCAUUUCCUCCUCCUCUGACAGAGGCUCAUCUCCUUCCCAUUCUGCCACACCAGUGCACACCUCUGUGUGAUGUGGAACGAAAGCCAUGUGCAAAAAUCAGUGUCAGGGCACGGCGCUUUUCUGUGCCUCCUCCUCUGCAUUGACUCUACCCAGCACAUAGUUAAUGAGUCAAGUGAGCUGCUGAGCACCUUCCUGACUUCAGCUGGAGAGGCUCAAGUGCUGUAUCCAGUCUUACACGUUUACUGUGCAGUGCAGGGUAUUUCAGCAUGUCCUUUUCACUGUAGUGAAUGCUUUUUAUAAUAAAUAUUCACCUGCACAAGCACAGUUUGGGAAGGCUUGCAGUGUUGCAUCUCUCAAUCAACCUCAAGCUUUUUAUAAAGAGAUGAAAGAUGUUUUCCUUUAAAAAUGGUUCUGCUGAACAGUGUGCCAGGAGGCAUUUUACAUUGCCAAAAUAUGUUGAGCUGGUGUUGAAUUAAACUCUUCCGUACUUCAGAUUUCCUUGACAUUUCAACUGUAUAUUAAAGUAAAGCACAUUAUCUCCAAAAUGCAGUGCUAAAGAAAAUCUUUUGAAGUUUUUCUCUAUAUUUGUGCUAAUAAUCACAACAUUUUCUCUGUAAUUAUAGCAAAAGCGAUGACUGGAUUAGCUUGGGCAUUCUGAGAUUUUUAAAGCUUGGAUUUCUAAAGCUAAACUCUGAGAAUUUGGUUUUGCAUAGAAGAGUAUCAGUUAUUCUGUCCAUCCACCAGUUUCAGCACAGUUCAGUGAGUCUGUGAUGUGCAGGGAGAGUUCUGGGGGAGGGUCCUGCUGUCCCAUGUGUCAGCACAAUGGAUGCAUUUGUAGAUACUUAGCAUAGAAAUAUUCAGAGGCAUUCUGUAGCUCAUAUGGGUUAGUUAGAGCAUAGCUUCACACUGAAGAGGUGAUUGGUGUUGUACUCAGUCUGCUUCCUGAUAAUCAGAUUUUUUCCUAUUGAUUUAACAACUAAUUCUGUCCUUUUUUUUCCUUUUUCAAUAAGGCAGUAUUGAACUAGGCAAGGGAUUGGCAGAAUCCCGUUUCCUGUCUGCACCUUGGGCAGAGCUGUUAACUUCUGAUUCAAGCACUAAAUCUUCUGCUUUGGUUUUUGGUUUUGACUGCUAUAAAGGGAACAUGCAAAGACAGCAAGCAGUUACAUUUGGUUUGCAGGAUUUUCCUAUUGUCAGUGGCAUAUGAGAGGGGUUACAGCCUGAAUCCAGUGUCCCAGAAGGGGAUGAAGCCUUGGUAACCAGCUGAGACAUUUUUUGCUUGUUAAGUAAGUUAAGUGAAUCAUCAGCAUCAGAGACUAUGCCAUUUUAAGUCCUGUUUCAGAUCUGAAUUUACACUUCUUUCCCCUUUGUAGAUAAUUGUUUUGUUGUUUCAUUAAAAUGGAAGAAGGCUUUCAAAGCCAGUAAACACUCCUAACUCCCUGGUUCUGUUCCCUGCAGAGGCAGCCUUCUCAAGGAGUUACAGCUUUAAACAAGAAGUGUUUCGUUGCUUUCAUUUUCCAGAAGAAGCUGUACUAAUUCACGGGCUGUAUGUAGUAACACCAAGAACAGCUGGUUCUCUAAAAGCUGAAAACAAGGAAUCAAGAGCUCUCAUUCAUGUGCACUAAGCCUCACAACAGAGGACACCGUAAAAUGGGCAAUUCAGACUAUUCCCCAGGUGAAACAUUUAUGGUAAAAAGCAAAAAGGAAUGUCCAUUUGCUGAUGCUGUAUCUGCUGAACUAAGACGGUAUUGAUAGCUUUUAACUGCCAGAUCUUGGGCAGUUGGGAGGAAAGAGUUAAGAAACAUGAGUCAGAAAUAGUUAGUUUGAAAUAAAAACCACCUUUUUUGCCUUUGAGACUGAACAUUGCAUCAUUAUACAAAGUUUAGUUUGCACUGCACAGGAGAUUUAUCCUGCUGGGUGUGAAAAUGUAAAGAAAACUGCAGGAAACCUAGGGCACUGCCUCAGGGUUAGCUGCUGAUGACCUGAGGAGAGAAUGAGAGUGUGUCUGUGUGCAUGCAAAUACCCUGUGUUUAGCAUUAAAGUUUUCAUAGUGGUAUUUGUUUUCUCACAGAUCCAGUUCCGAAUGGUUUUUUAAAUGAAGUCUUCAGUGUAGUUAGAGAAGAGGUGAUGUACCAUAAGGAUAGAGCCAAACACUUGCAGCUUACUUCCAAUGUAAAAAACAAAGCCACAAAAAAAAAAUCAAGUCUAAAAUGUCUUUCUAGUUAAUUUGGUUUAUUUGGUGUUUUCCAAAGGUAUUUAAAUUCUGGUUUUUACCCCCUGACCCUUACACACACAUUAACAAAAUGUAUUUUGUUACAGCGUAACAUUCAACCCUCAUUUGGUACAGGUCACUUCUUCAGCAGCAAGGAAUCUCUCUUGCUUCUAAGUUAGAAGCACUCAAAAGUAAGAGUCCUCCAGUUUCACAACCCUGUUGCUUCUGAACUUCAUUUGUUCCUCAACCUCAUCUGUUAGAGAAGCAAUUUUUAAAGCCUCAGCCUGCCGACUCAUCCUUCUCUUUCAGAAUCUGAAACAGUAUUAUGGACUAAUUCCACUUUUAUCACAACAAAUGAGUAGUUAAGGAUGACAGUGGAGCACUUGUAAGGGUUCGUUAGUGGGGUUGCUUGAAAAUGACUGAGUUUAUAGUGCCAAAAAGAUCUGAAAUUUGUGUCAGUAUUCUCAGCUGAGGAAUCUGAAACGAAGUACUGCCAAAGUAAAAUGCAAGUAAUUGAAAGAAUAAACACAAAAAGAGCCAGCUGAAUUCUUUCAGCUCUCUCUUUUCUCUGUCAAACCUUUGACAAACCUUUUCUGAAUCAUUUUAUUGCCAUUUAAAAUAGCUUUAGAAGUGAGGUGUCAUAAGAAAGAGCUCACAGCAUACAUAGUACAAAAAUCUCAAAAUGUCAGUAUAUAUAGGUGUUGGACUCAUAAAAAAAAGCAGACCAAUUUUCUAGUGGUUUAUUUCCUUUUUUAAUAAAGGACGAGAAAGUUCAUGCCAUGUAUACAGAGCUUAAAUGCAGGAUUUUUUAAAAAUCCAUAUCCCAAUUUAAAGUGAAUAAAUAGUAAUUAAGUGAAAGUAGAGGUCAGUGCUGGGUCAGCUGUUCCAGAACUUCGAUCACUGCUAGGAAAAUACACAGGAAACCUCUCAGUUGCUAUAAUGUCUAAAAUAUAGAUGAUAUAAACUCACUGUUUUUCAGAGACUGGUGGCAGUUCAGAUGGAAGAGAGGACAAACAGCAAUAAAAAAUCAUUGGAGCCUUUGCUGACAUUUAUCACUAAGACUCUGACUUUUGUUCAGUUUUGAAGAGAAGGCCAAGCCCAAUUUCUCUACUGCAGAAUUUGCAAGUAUUUUCCUAUUUGAAAUCCUAGAGAAAGAAAUCUUGAAUUCUGUCACUAUUCACUUUGGAACACUUCUUUCACUGUGCAUUUAUGGUUUCCCACAUACCUACACACUACACUAAGUUUUAAGUACUCAGCAGUGUUUUAUUAGAGCCUUGAACCAAAGCAGCAGCUUCUGAGUCCCAAAAACUGGGGUGGGUUUUCCAGCGAAACAGCUUGCUGCCCUUCCUUGUUAAAUCUGACCUGUAGGAUUUUGAAUUAGACUUGUGCUCCCUCUGUGCCCUAGUGGAAGAGUUCCCCAGAGGAGGGGUAGGUGCU